AGGUUUGCGUCGUUAAUCACGUGAUAUCUCGCAUGGCUUCCAACGUCAUUAUCAUCUUUGUAUCAAUCAGACAUUGACGAACGAAGACGACUCCCGACAACGAAAAAAAUAAAGUCUACACCACUAUCCGUCAUAUCGAAAGCCUUAAUUAAAUAAUACAAAGGACACUCCUCUCCUGCUGUGAUGGGUGAAAGAUAAAUUUUUAUUUCAUCCCCACCCGCAUUUCCCUUUUUUUUUAAAAAAAAAAAAAAUAAUAUCAUUCAGCUCGGGAUGCCCACAUACUUCUACCAUAUCCUCCUGGAAUUGUUGGUAGCUGGUGGUGGUGAUAAUCUUAAGCAUAAUAAUAUUAUUACUCCGACGCCGGCAGACGACGAGUCCGUCCGCGUUAACAACAAAAACAGCUCACAUACCUCUCCUUCGUCAUCGUCGCCGUCAUCACCGUCCUGCCUGCAUUCACGUUCGCAUUCACAGGCGCGUUUACAUUCUUCUUCUCAGCCACGACGCCUCCUCGAUCGAUUAGAUAACGAUAACAACUUCGCGCUGCAGGCUUUCUGUGACGCGUUGCAACCUUUCUGCAACAACAACAACAACAAUAAUAAUAAUAAUACUAAUACUAAUAAUAAGAGGAGGACCAGAGGUGCGGCUGGCAAGGCGUCAAGAGGCGGUGAUAAUUUGAAUAGCCAUCAUAACCAUUUGAAGAGGAAGGACGUUAGGAGCAAUCAUUGCAACGGGAAUAGCAGCGGUGGGAAGAUUUAUAGGGAUCUUGUUGUUCUUGGUAGUGGUAGUGAAAGUUGUGGUGACGGUGUAGGCAAAGAUCCGAACGGACUCCGUCAAUGUCGAGUGUCGUCCGGAACUUUUUCUACAUCUACUCCUCCUACGGCUACAAAUAUAUCUACAACUACAGCUACAGCCACACCCCCCUCUGUUCAGCCCGAGACAGCUGGCAUUCAUCACCAACCGCAAAUACGUGAGUCGCAUACCUUCUCCGCAUCUACGAGUACUACUACCACCUCUUCUUCCAGAAUUACAAACGACAAACGCCUAGAUCAAAUUUCCAUCCAGAGCAUCGACAUGGUUGUGCCACCGCAAAAUCAAAACCAGCAACCCCAGCCCCAGAGCCCGCGGCAGACACCCACGGUCACGAACCAACAGCCCCAACAACUUUCUAACAAAGGGAGCAGUCCAAACAACAACCAGAUAGCCAAGGGCAUUGGCACAAGCGUUAUCGGCGGCCUAGCGACGAAGGGCAAAUAUGUCCCGCUCGACCAGAAAGUCUCAGAUAGCGCGUGGGGUAUCGUACAUUUAUACCGUGAUGCCGAUGAGACCUCCGCACUCUAUAGGGACGACGAUGACCCGUCGUUUCUGAAAGGGUCAGCGCUGACACGGAGUGCGAUGCUUGAUGGUAAUUCCAGCAACAGCCUUGGCAGGAGAUAUGGCAGUGAUGAUGUGGAAACUGGCAGUGGGUCUGGAAAAUCCGGAUCGUUAGCAACCGCACCAGCAACAGCAACAGCAGCAGCAGGCGUCCAGUCUGUGGAGGAUUGUACGACUUUAUGUAUCCUCGCGGUGCCGUCAUACAUGUCUCCGUCGGACUUCUUGGGGUUUGUGGGUGAGCAGACGAGGGAUGAGGUUAGCCAUUUUCGAAUGAUUAGGACGGCGCGGGCGAAUCGGUAUAUGGUUCUAAUGAAGUUUCGGAGUGGGAAGAGGGCGAAGGAAUGGCAGCGAGAUUGGAAUGGGAAGGUGUUUAAUUCCAUGGAGCCUGAAACUUGUCAUGUUGUAUUUGUGAAAACUGUCGAGAUUCAGGUGGAGGCACCGGGGACAGAGAGCAAGUUUCCGGAUAUGAAUAAUGACCCCUUUACGCCCGCAACAACGAAUCAUGCCCUAAUUUCCUCACCAUCCUCCCCCGCUCAAUCGGGUACCCUCUCAUCGACUUCCUUAUCUACGAAACCAUUGGCACCUCCAACGCCAUCGCUAAUAGAGUUACCAACGUGUCCCGUUUGCCUGGAGCGAAUGGACGAGACGACAGGCUUGCUGACGAUCAUAUGCCAGCAUGUUUUUCACUGUACAUGCUUGCAAAAAUGGAAAGGGAGCGGAUGUCCCGUGUGUCGGUAUACACAGGACGAAUUGGGCAAAAGGGCAGCUCAGACGUUUGAUUUCGACCAGGGCCCCACCGAGUGCCAAGUGUGCCAUUCAGAGGUGAAUCUGUGGCUAUGUUUGAUCUGCGGCAACAUUGGCUGUGGCCGCUACGACGAAGCACAUGCCUUUGCACACUUCAAGGAGACGUCCCACGCCUUCGCCAUGGACCUAGCUUCUCAGCGUGUAUGGGACUACGUGGGCGACGGCUAUGUGCACCGGAUCAUUCAAAAUAAGUCUGACGGCAAACUGGUCGAGCUGCCCGCGGCGGGCGAGAGUGCCCUUGAUCCACCGGACUGGGGCGAUGCCGUGCCCCGCGAGAAGCUGGAGAACAUGAGUGUGGAAUACACGCACCUGCUAACUAGCCAACUGGAAAGCCAGCGGACCUAUUUCGAAGAAGUGGUCGAGCGCGCCGCUGACAAGGCGUCCGUUGCGAGCGCAGCGGCCUCCGCUGCACAGGAGGCUGCGGAGACGGCGACGAAGAACCUCUCCGCGCUCCAAGCGCAAUAUGACACGCUGCUCAACGAGACGAUACCGAAUCUGGAGCGCGAUAAGGGUCGUGCGGAGCGGCGGGCGGAGAAGUUUGAGACCAUGGCGCAUCGGAUGGAGAAGGAGUGGCGCGAGGAGAAGGCUUUGAACGGCAGUCUGAUGGAGAAGGUGGAGUUUUUGAAUGGGGAGGUGCAGAAGUUGACGGCUGCGAAUGAGGAUUUGAAGGAGCAGAAUCGCGAUUUGAGCUUUUUUAUUAGUGGGGCGGAGAGGUUGAGGGAUCAGGGGGAGGAUGUGGUGGAGGGGACGGUUAGUGUUCCGGAGCCGGAGGAGGGGACCGGAGCGGGUAAGCGGAGGAAGGGGAAAGGGAAGGGAAGGGGGAGGAAGUAGUGUUUUUGAUAUUGGGGAGUAGAGGUGCCUUUCUCUUUUGGUUAUUGUUUAUCUGUGUACAUACAAAAGAUGUAUGUACGGGGAGGACGAAGGUUGGUUGGUUUGUGAUUGAAGGAUGAAACCCCUUUUUGAAUACAUUAUCAUGCCCUCCAAAAUCCUGAAGUCCAUGGGAACGGGCAGGGGACAUUGACACGCGCUUACAAGGUGAAAAGGAAACAAGAAGAGAAUGAAACCUACGGAACUCAGAUACAUUUUAUCAACACUAACUAUCGUGGCAACACUCCCCCCCCCCUUCCUUCAACGUCCACGAUAUCCCUUCCCUGCACCAAUUCGUUCACAGGUAUCCUUUUUAGCUGUGCUUAAGGCGGCUCAUCCCGUUUCCUCCCUCCCUCCCUCCAACCCCGGCUCGGGGCUCGGGCCUUGACCCUUCUAACAAGCCUCUAACCCCCCUAGUGGGGAAGGGUUCGGGCGGGGUUUUUCUUUUUGGUUCUCCUGAGGGAAAGUUCUUUUGCUGCUGUUGUAUGUACUGUACAUUACAUAUGACUGAAGCAUGAUGCGGGCAAUGGUGUAUAAUUUGGAGAUAAAGAUGUACUGCUCCAGAUGCAUGUUUGUACAUGUACAAUAAAGCCAUUUUUUCUUUCGCAUUGCGGAUUGUACGGGGUUUUGAUGGGAACGGAUGUGCAUGUUUGGGUAAAAUGUGCAUGGGGUGUCUGUCCCCCAUUACAGAUGUUUAUUUUCUCCUUAUGCCUACUGUAAAUAUAUAGAAUAGUACCAUUCAGAUGACGGACCCAAAGAACAAGAUAAACAAAAGGUCAAAGACAGCUUCCAAGUUAGUUAAUCAAAUAUUUGAAAAUGCAAAUA